UAAAAUGGAAAAAGAUUUCAUGGACCAAGUGAGAGACCAAGAGCUUAGCACACAGAGGAGGGAUGAGGCUAUUGUUCAAGGGGUCUUGGGCACUUUUGAUAAGAGGAUUUUGACUUUCUUGGAACAUGAUGCUUUGAAGAGGAGGAUUGGAGAUGUUGAUAUUAACUUUGAGGGGUGUAUGACCAGUUUUUGUAAAAAGGCUUCUAAAUUGAGAAUUUGUAUUGCAGAAUAUGAUUUAUUUAACCUCAGAAAGAUUAGAAAUAGCAGAAAGUGUUUGGUAAAUUCAGUUAUUAAAGCAAUUACACCAACUUACCGUAUCCGGCCUCAAAAAGACUGCGAAAUACAAGCGCUAGAGUUUGGGUUCACUUCAGAUACCUCCAAACAGAGAUCUCCAAAAUUCUACCUGCCGCAACUACUCCGGAUCCUUCCCUUCCUCAAUGGUGUUUGUGAGUUUAGUUACAUAUAAUCCUAUCUUCUUCGCACCUAAAACGCAUUUUCUGCUGAAUAAAAUCUGUGAAGACUCUCUACUUCUCUAAAUGUAACCUCUACUUCACAAACUUCACUCUUCACCAAACAGGUUUCAGUUUUUCAAGCAUCAGAUUCUUUGGCUGUGCUGAAAGGAACAAGUGGGUUGAAGAGCCACAAAAACUGAACAAUUUUUGGAGAUUUCUUGAAGAAAGUGGGAUAAGUCAGAAUCCUGUCACAGUCGAGUUCGGCCAAAAUGAACCAAUAAUGAAAGAGGCACUAGAGGAUAUUGAUAUAGGAAAAAUGAAAAUAUUUGGAAGAGAUAAAGAUAGUGGAAACCGGUUCAUGAUACAGAAAUAA